AGAGAGUUGUGGCGAGGCGCCAUAAACCUCAGAAGAGAAAACAAAACACGAGCCUAUGAACGAACAUGGCCACUCACAACACCAACGUCGUUUACAUAGACACAAACCUCGAUACCCGCUUCGCGCUCCUCGUUGCCUACGACGACACUGUCGCUGACCUCAAAAGGAGUAUUCUGUUGGAACACCCCUCAUGCUUUCCCCAAAUAGGGCAAAUUCAGAUUAAUGGGAUAAAGGUUGAGCGCGAGGGGCACUUUUAUCACCUUGUAGAUUCAAUGCCUGUGAGAAGUGCCUUUACUGGUACCCUCAAGAGUUGGUUGGUCAGUGUGGAUGCUACUGUGGUGAGGGAGUGUUCUCGGAAUUACCAGGUGGCCACUCUCGGCAUUGUAAGUAAUGCUUUGACUGGUCGUGGUGAUAAUGGUAUCUGUUCUCCGUCCAAGGGGGUGUCCACCUUUGGCAAUUUCAACUUGCAGCAGUUGGAGAAGAAACCAGUUGAGAAUGCAGAAGUUCCUGUUCGUAGUCCUUGUGUUUCACAACAUAGUGGCAAAGGAGCUGCUGAAAAGUUGGAUACAGGUGUUAAAUCAUCUGUCGAAAAUAAUGAUCUUCCAGGUUCAGCUAUGGAAUAUGAGGUUGAUGGAACCAAUAAAAGCAUUGAGGGUGUUUGUGUUGUACGCAAGGAGAGAAAUAGUAAAUCUGUAUCAGAUUUGAGUAGAAAACGUAAAGGUAAAAGGAAAAAAGAAGACGCAUUUCGAGAUGACACUUUAAAUGUAGGUGAUGCUUCUGUUGUUGGGCUCGGUGAUUGUGCAAUUCAGCAGGAUAUUGAGGUUGUAGCUAAAACUUUGGAGAAUGCAAAUAAGGAAGUAAUUAUGGAAAUUGAUGUUUUGAAGGAGCAUAUGCAUACUGAUUGCAACAAUAGUAACACUAAGAAUGACAUUAACACUGCUGUGUCAUUGCAAGAAGCUUCAGAACCUGAACUUAGUGCAGAUAAGAAGCAUAAGAAAAGGAAGAGGUCUUUGUCCGAUGAUUCUAAAGAAAUCUUCAAGGAGGAGACGGCUGCUCAGAAGGAUGAAGCGCAUAAGUCUGAUGAAGCACAUGAGGAAAGGAAAGAAUUGAAGGAUCAGUUUGAACUUAAGAAUGAAAACUAUAGGUAUGGUGUUGAAUACAAGGAUGAUAAGGUAACUGGAGACAUUUUAGAUGCAGAAACUCCUACAAAGAAAAAGAGGAAGAGUAGCAAAGAGAAAAGUAGAGACAAAAGUUUGCCCAGGGCCAAGUUGAUUAAUGAUUUUAAUGUAGACAUUUCUUCUCAUCAUGAUUUGGAGGACCUACAGAAGAUUAAAAACAGUAAUGAUGACCAAUCAUCAGCUGAAAAAUUUAGUGACAAUGAUACACUCAGAACUAUAUUGGGUCGGAGGAGGAAAGGGAAGAAAAAUUCAUCAAAUCCUCAUGAAACUCCUUUAAUUACUUCUUCCAGGAACGUUGAAGAAGAAGAUCAUUCCAGCAUUCAAAGGGGUGAUCAGGAGGAAAUUUCUCUCUCUAAAGAUAUGACUAUGGGCAAAACUACUAUUGACAACAUGGAGACUGGAACCGAUGCAUGCAAAGAAGACAUUCAAACUACAGAAAAAACAACAGGAAACUAUAACAACCAUUCUGAUAUUGAAAUAAUAGAACACCCUGCUAAUGUUGUCGAUCAUAUGGAGCUGACUGAGGAUAAUGAUAAAAAUGAAGCUGGUCAGAUUAAAGGAGCUGAGGAAGGAAGAGAGUUAUCACCACAAAAUAAUCCUAAGCUAAUGGUGUUAGAUAAGUCCACACCAUCCAACCAGGACAACUCAGAUGCAAAAGUUGGAGAAUUAAAUGUGACUUCAAAAGUUGUGGAUGUUAAUGGAACAACUGAAUCUAGGAAAUCGAAGAAGGAAAAGAAGAAGAAGAAAAAAGAUAAGAAUUCAGGUGGAGAUUCCCCGUUUAAAGAAGGUAUUCAGCAUGUGGAUGCUUCUGAGAGUAAAACUGUUAUUAUGAAGUCCCUUGGUGCAACAAAUUGUGAUCCUAAAUCAGGAAAUACAGAGACGGAGGAGAACCCUUUAAAUCAAAUAGGUGGAAAAAUACAGCAGGAGGAGAUGCAUGGGACUUCUGAUAAGGAAAUUGACUUUAACAUUGAGAGUGCUGAACACACGGGCAAGAGACAGAGAAAGAAGUCAAAUGACAAACAGAGUUCUAUCUCAAAGAGUAUGUCAAAUAUGCUUUUGAAAGAUCAAGGUGAUAGUAAGAAUUCACCAUCAUCUUCUGACCGUGAAACACAAGCCAAAUCUUCAGUUGCAGUGACAAAGAAACUUAACUCUGCAAGCACAAAGUCCUCUAAGAAAUCAUGCAAAACAAAUACGGAACCGGAGAAAGACUCCGUUCAACUUGAACCUUCUGAUGCAGUGCAGCUUUCAACACAGUCUACCGGAGAGAAAGAUGAUGAUAAUUUGGAAGCACCUUCUAAAACUUUAAAGGUUAAUGCUGACGAGCAAUUUUUAUCCCGGAAACAGCCAGGUGAAGCUAAUUUGUCAGAUGUCAUGCUUGUUGACAAGUUGAAUGAAACAGAGAUGAAAGCUAUUGAGACCAUGACCAGAAAUAAAAUUCACCAAAUUGAAUCAACAAAUGGACAAACUCAUGCUAAGGAUUUAAGCUCCUCACUGAAAUUAUCAUCAAAGGAAGAGCUUGAUGUAAGGAUUCACCCUGGGGAGAAGGUACCAAAUGCACACAGGAGUGGACAAGAUUCAAAAGUGUCUGGUAACAGGACUGUGAUUGAAGAAAACAAAAAGACUCGUGUCAAAGCUUCUGAGAAAAAAAUGGAUUUGGAGAAACAAAGAAAACAUGUUCCUGUAUCAAAUUCAAAGCUGGAAGGUUCCACAAAAAGGAUUCAAAGUAAAGCAGGAAAAGCUUCCGGGAAUAAUGUUCGUGGAGUUGUGGGUAAAACACCACAAAAGAAGAGCUUGUUAUCAGGAGCAAUUUUCAAGGAUGAUAGUAGCAGCAGCAGCAGCUCUGACAAUGAAGUUGGUAAUUCUGGUGCCAGCACCAGAACUCCAUCAGAUAAUCCACUAUUGUCUGAUGGAGAUAGCAGUUCAGGUUCAUAUGGAGGGCAAAGUCCGGAAAAUGGUGGAAGAAGUUCCUCAAAAGCAAGUUUGACAGAAACAAAAGGAAUGUCAAUCGAUGACGUUCUCAGAAGCUCAAGCUGGUUUAAGAAGGCUAAAAUAAUAGCCUCUGAAAGCCAGUCCCAGGAAUUUGUCCCAGACAGCCUGGCUGAUUAACAACACCUUCGAGCAGAAGAAAAGUAAAAGGACACUAACCACAACUGUGGUAUUUUUGUUCGUUUUUGUUGUGUCCUUACAUAGCUUAGCUUCUUUCACUUUUUUUCUUGCCGUUCCAAAACGACGGUAUUUUGGCAUUUUUUAAGCGUUUUUACUGAGCAAGUUGGCCAUUUAUGUUACGAGCCAAAUUGUUCUUUGUUGACUUGUGUCACGAUCCAGGUUAAUUAUAAUUAUGAGAACAGUGUGAUAUAUUACUACUA